CUUACCCAAUAAGUCACACUCCUCACUCAAAAAGUUGUCACAAUUUUGAGACACCAAAUGUCAUCUUUUCCCCUUUGCUAAAAAAAUAACCACAAAACCGACUCUGCCAUGCUCAACUCAACAAACCGCUUCUUAAUUCUUCCUUUGUUCUUGUUCCUCGUUUCCAUUCCUUUGUUUCAACAAAAAUGUUUAGCCUCAGGGUCCCCCGUUCGUGAAAGGAACUUCAGUAGACCCGAUCCUUUGCGACAUUUCAAAGACUACAAUGGAGAUUUUGAUGUUCGAAACAAGCAUUAUGUGGCUUCUGCGGCAUUUACAGGAGUCCAUGGAUACGGAUUUGCAUUAGUUUGGUUGCUAUGUGGGCUGGCCUUGACCAUUUUCAUCAUCGUGAAAUAUCUAUGCAGUGGCUCUGCUUCACUACUUUGUUUGGACAAUUACUACCUCCACAUUUUCUUCCUACUUCUCUUCUUCACUUCUCUCGCCAUAAUUGCUUCCAGUUUUGUCCUGGCCACUAGUCAGAAGACCCUGCGAAGGACAGAAAAAUUGAAAGAAUCUGUGGUGGGUAUAGGAGAAGAUGCACUUAGGACUAUAGGCAGAGUCAUGAAAACAACGAACCAAAUGCAGAUUUUAUUGCUUCCGUAUAAUCCACAGAUAUGUGCGAGUUUGAAUUCCAGCACUCAAGACCUUAGAAGCAACUCGCGUGUGAUACGCCGUUUUAUUGACAGAAGUGGACAAUCAUUCGACGAGGCCACUCAUACUUCGUAUGUAGCACAUUUUGUUGUUCUAACAGUCAACUUAGUGACACUGGUUGCAGCACUAGUUCUAAUGCUAUUGCAUUGGCGUCCUGGAUUUAUAAUCAUAAUUUUUUGCUUUUGGAUCUUAACAAGCCUGUGCUGGUUCUUGACUGGUUUUGAUUUUUUCCUUCACACCUUUGCAGAAGAUGCAUGCUUUGCUUUUGAAGACUUCCUGGAAAAUCCACAAAACAGUAGCCUGGGUUCGAUGUUGCCCUGCAUUAAUGAAUCUUUCUCUGGGAAAUUGAUAGCUCAAAUCGGCUACACCAUCCACAGUUUCAUAGUUGAGUUAAAUUCUAAUAUGUCGGUGAUUUAUCGGCUCCUUGGAGUGAGUGAAGAAAAUGAAGAACUAAUGGGAGUCAUAAAAAUUUGUGACCCUUUCUCUGGAUCCUCAAACUUGAGCUACGUUCCACAUAAUUGCCCUCAGGAUGCUAUUCGGAUUGGUGAUUUAUCAAAAAUUUUUGCGAAGUUCACGUGUCAUGAAGAGGGCACAAGAGAAGAAUGCAGAAAAGAGGGGAGAUUUCUUCCAGAAGCCUCAUACAACAUGGCCCAUGCUUAUAGUAGAUCCAUCCAGGAUUUGCUGGAUAUAUAUCCAGACUUGCAAAGAUUGUCCAAAUGCACCGUUGUGAAGAACAAAGUUGCUGAAAUUGUGUUGCACCAAUGCAGGCCAAUAAGAAUUUCAACUACAUUGUUAUGGUCAUCUAUGUUGUCUCUCUCCAUUAUUAUGGUAGUCUUGGUACUCACCUGGGUGGCACAGGCUCUUCAAUGCUCGAGAAAACCCCUUUCUAUUUGUUCUAGGACCCUCAGAUAUAGAUAGGAAAUUUUACUUAUUUUCAAACUUAAAAGGUAGGU